AUGGCAGACCCGACGCCUCCAGCAUGGCUGUUCCCCAAUAUUUACUCAACAUCCCGAAUGGACAAUCGUGUCCCUCCAACAUGGCAUGUGGUCUUCAUCUGUCCCAUGGAAGACACGGAGCGAGUUGAAAUGAGUAUCAAUCUCAGCACCGUCGACGAGGAAUGGGCAGAUCGUCCCCAAGCUGCGGUGCGGUGUCUGGUCGAAAUCCGUUGA